ACCUGGAGAGAAUUGGAAACACUACAGGGAAGCACACACAGGGAAAGAACACAGUCUUAGCAUCAUCUUACAGCGGCCUUAGCUCCCUGCUCAGCCACACUGUGUAGUAGGGACAACCCAACGCAGCAGCCGCCAACAUGUGUGACAUGGGGGGAUUGGAUAAUCUGGUGGCGAACACGGCCUACCUUAAGGGGGGUGAUGAAAAAGAGAUGAGGAAGAGGCGACGUAGCCUGUCCCUGCCCAAGCCAGAACAGUGCGUGUCCAUCCGCGCCGCGGUUGGGAAAGAAUUUGAGAUGCUCUGCGAGAGGCAGCCCAUAGGGAAGAAGUUCUUCCGGCAGUUCCUCCUGGAGUCCAACCUGCAGUACGUGGCGGCCGCAGAGUUCCUGGACGAGUUAAUCGACUGGGAUCUGGCAGAAGGCGCUGGCAAAGAUAAGGCGAGGAUGAACAUCAUCAACAAGUUCUGCAAGGCUGACUCCAAGAACUUCCUGUCCUACCUGACAGGAGAGGUAGCGGACAAGUGCAAGGCGGUGUCGGACAAGGACUUUGAAGACGUGAUGAUGGGCAAGGUGAAAGAUGCCACACGGGAGUACCUGAAGGAAAAGCCCUUCACAGAGUACCAGACCAGCCCUAACUUUGACAAGUUCCUGCAGUGGAAAGAGUACGAGAAACAGAAAAUCACUGAUAAGUAUUUCUAUGAGUUCAGGACCCUGGGUAAGGGAGGCUUUGGAGAGGUGUGUGCCGUGCAGGUGAAAAACUCAGGCCAGAUGUACGCCUGCAAAAAGCUGUGCAAGAAGCGUCUGAAGCAGAAGAAUGGUGAGGGCAUGGCACUGCUGGAGAAGCAGAUCCUGGAGAAGGUUAACAGCCUGUUCCUGGUGAACCUGUCCUAUGCCUACGACUCCAAGACCCACCUGUGCCUCGUCAUGACCCUGAUGAAUGGCGGCGACCUCAGGUACCAUAUCUAUAACAUUGGUGAAAAAGGCCUUGAAAUAGGCCGCAUCAAUUACUACAUUGCACAGGUCACCACAGGAAUCCUCCACCUACACGCCAUGGAUAUAGCGUACCGAGACAUGAAGCCAGAGAACGUGCUACUGGACAGCUUCGGCCAGUGUCGACUCUCGGAUCUGGGGUUGGCCGUGGAGCUGCCUGGCGAAAAGACCAUCAAUCAAAAGGCUGGCACAAGUGGCUACAUGGCCCCAGAGAUCCUGAAGAAAGAGCCUUACCGGAUGUCAGUGGACUGGUGGGCCCUGGGCUGCAGUAUCUACGAGAUGGUGGCAGCUCGCCUGCCCUUCAAGGACUAUAAGGAGAAGGUGCAGAAGGAGGAGGUGGCACGGCGCACCCUCGAGGAUGAAUGCAAGUACGAGCACAAGAACUUUGACGAGGGCACCAAAGCCAUCAUCAACCUCUUCCUCAAGAAGAAAAUUGACGAGCGUCUGGGAUGCAGGACCAAGAACGAGGACCCAAGGAAGCACGAGUGGUUCAAAGGCAUUAACUUCCCUCGACUGGAGGCGGGGCUGAUUGACCCACCCUGGGUCCCCAAGCCCAACGUGGUCUACGCCAAAGACACGGGGGACAUCAAAGAUUUCUCUGAGAUUAAGGGUGUCGUGUUUGACGACAAAGAUGACAAAUUCUUCAAGGAGUUCAACACGGGGGCGGUGCCCAUUGCAUGGCAACUGGAAAUGAUUGACAGCGGACUUUUUGACGAGCUGAACGACCCCAACAGGAAAGAGUCGGCCGCUGGAUUGGACGACGAGGAGAAGAAAUCAAAAUCCUGCACGCUUUUAUAAAAUGUCCUCUAUACUAUAGUUAGGACUUUUGUAAUUUUCAAAGCUAUCUCAUUAAGAACACUGUGACGAUAAUCAUAGCAACAAAAAAAGAUGUGAAGUGGUAGUAAAAUCCAGAGCCAGGUCAAGACACAUAUUUCCACCACUUCACACAUUUUUUUGUGGAUAUGAUUCUUCCUGCUCUAUGACAUUGUAAUGAUCAUGAUAAGCCACAGCACUUACGAUAAUAUCAGGAAUCGAUAAGGUGAUUUUGUCUAUAUCAAUGGGCAGGGACAGUGUCUGUGGUAGAAUCAACAGGAAAAAGCUAGACUAGAGCUGGAAUGGGGACUGUGCUUUACAGGCACUGGCAGAGUUGCGGUAGCAGGCUUCUACCACAAGGUGUCCCCAGAUAUCUAGAUAUGUGGAUAUUCACAAGUCUUCUCAAUAUUCACCUGCUUGAAACGUCUUGCCUUUUUUUA